AAGAAAGAAGAUUUGAGGAUAGGAGGGAGAGGGUGGAGAACGGAACAUUACACCUCUAACCAAUCCAUAUAUGUUAAUAUAUAGAUAUAUAAAUAAAUCACAAUUCCGAUUGACUGUUAAACUUUAUUUUUUCUGUGCUACACACAGAACGCGAGACGGUGCAGGUGAGUGAGUGCGUUGGAGAUUCCUGUUCCCUCCAGUUCCACAGUGGGCUGGCUGGCUGUCCAGAGCUGUGAUGGGGGAGUGGACGAUUCUUGAGAGGCUCCUGGAAGCUGCCGUCCAGCAGCACUCCACGAUGAUCGGCCGGAUCCUGCUGACGGUGGUGGUUAUUUUCCGGAUCCUGAUCGUGGCGAUCGUGGGUGAGACGGUGUACGAGGACGAGCAGGCCAUGUUCUCCUGCAACACGCUGCAGCCGGGCUGCAACCAGGCCUGCUACGACAAAGCCUUCCCCAUCUCUCAUAUCCGCUACUGGGUCUUCCAGAUCAUCCUGGUGUGCACGCCCAGCCUCUGCUUCAUCACCUACUCCGUGCACCAGGCCGCCAAGCAGAGGGAGCGGCGCUGCUCCUUCCUCUACCCCCUCCUCGAGAGGGACUUCGGAGGCAGGGCGGGGGAGAGGAAGCUGCGCAAGGUCAUCAACGGGAUCCUGGUCCAGAACCCCGAGGACUGUCUGGAGGUGAAGGACAUGCUGAGCAGUCCCACUCGGGGCGCCAACAACAGCAAGAUCUCCCAGGCCAAGAGCCGUCGGCAGGAGGGGAUCUCCCGCUUCUACGUGAUCCAGGUGGUGUUCCGGAACGCGCUGGAGAUCGGCUUCCUGGCCGGGCAGUACUUCCUGUACGGGUUCAGCGUGCCGGGGAGGGUGGCGUGCGACCGCUACCCCUGCGUGAAGGAGGUGGAGUGCUACGUGUCGCGCCCCACGGAGAAGACGGUGUUCCUGGUCUUCAUGUUCGCAGUGAGCGGCAGACGAUCCUGGCUGAACUGUGUUGGGGAGUUAUACUGUUCCUGA